AUGGCGUCACGAAGCACCAUCUUCUCUCUAAGCUUCAUCCUGCUCUCAGCGCGAUCCGCCAUCGCAACUACACAUUCCGUGGAGGACCUCACCUUCAUGGCAUACGAAGAAAGCUACGGCUACCAAACCGACACCUCAAGUUCACCCGAAACAGCCCUCCCUUCAUCAACAACGCCAGACGGAGGCUAUGGCUACCAGAUGGAAACCGAGUCUACAUCAAUCCUCUCUUCGACAACAUCCGAAGGCUACGGCUACCAAACCUCGACUCCAGCCGAAUCAAGUCUCCCCAUCAUCUCAACGCCAGCAGCUCUCUACCCAACCGCACCAUCCUACUCCUCCUCUUCUUCCUCGCAGACCUGCACAAAUAGCACAACAAUAGUCACAAUCCCCUACUCAACCCCCACACCAUCUACAUCGCACACCUGCAACAACACAACCAUAACAUCAACGAUCUACCCCUCCAUCUCCACACCAAGCAUAUCACCAUCCAGCAACUGCUCCAAGUCCACCACAACUGUGACGAUCCCGUGGCCAGGCACAGGCACCGGCUACGCUCCCAGCGGCACAGGGUACGCAGGCGGUAACGGUGGCUGGAACGGGACGACUACUUACUACGCGCCCACUCUGGGCACUGGCACCUCUCCGCCGUCUUACCCAACGCCCGUCCCGCCGGUGAACUCGACGUCGAACUUCGAGCUGCCUGAGACAUCGAGUGCGGUGGAAUACGGCGGCGACACGCCUACAUCUACACCUACGCCCGAGGCGGAACCAAGUGAUACUGCGCCAGCUGCGCCGCCUGCGCCCCCAGCAAGUUCGACUGGACCUGAUGAGCCGCUAUUUUCGGGUGGCGCGGCGAGGUAUGGGAGUGGAGCAAGUCUUGCGGUGGCUGUGGGAGCAAUGGUGGCGUGGUUGUAA